UGAUUGCAGAAGACGCUUGCAGUUUUUUUGGGGGCAGAGAAAGCUGUUUGCAGCACUUUUUUUGUGUUGCGUUUUUGUGUGUGUGUGUGUGUAGCUGGAAGGAGAAGUGAGGAAGAGGCACACAAACAGCACUUUUUUUGUGUUGGCUUUUGUGUGUGUGGAAGGAUAAAGUGAGAGGAGGGAGGCAGGCACACAAUGAGAGCAAGGCAGCAUUGUGUUGGCAGUCCGAUCCAGGCUUGUCCACGGCUCCAGGCUUUGGACAUGAUCGCACAACACUCUAGGAUUUAUAUAUUAUUUUUUUUCAUUAUUCACCAUGCGUGCUCUGCACUUGGACAGCGAUUUCCUCCGUGAUUACGUGUGGCGCGUCUCCCUGCGGGGAAGCUCCCCCGUGGAGAGGUCCUGAUGGGUUUGGGCCUUACUUGAAUUUCCCAGCUUAUUAUGUGUCUGCACUGCGUGUGCUCCACGCAGUUGCGAGGGGAGGAGAAGCAGCAGCCCAGCUCGCCCGGCUCCCGCCACAAAGAGCCGGCUGUGCUGCCCGUGCCGGACGGCGGACAUGGCACCGAGGCGCCUCUUCUGCUGCUGCCACCGCCGCCGCCGCCUCUCUCAACACCGGCGGCACCCCCGCUAAACCAGGCAGCCGCCUUCCUCCUCUUCAUCCUCCUCCACCACCUCCUCCUCCUCCUUCUACUCAUCAUCCUCCUCCUUUCCUGCUGCUGCUGCUGCUUCUUCUUCUUCUUCUUGGGACGGCUGAGGAGAACCAGAGCCAGCCUUCAAGCAGGUGAUCCCGCCGCCAAGUUUCUCUCAGACUUUGGUGCCCGUCGGCACUUCACAAAGACAGACAGACGCCUGAUAUUAUUAUUAUUAUUAUUAUUUUUUCUUGGAGAAAAAAAAUUCCCCCUACCACUUCUUUUCGUUGUUGUCGUUGUUUCCUGAGGAGAUCUUCGCUCUCAAGUCCUCCCCGUUGCAUUGAAUUCCGUGCAACAAAAGGAGAGGGGGGGGGGGGGGUGAAGAAAAGUCUCUUGCUUGUUAUUGUUUUGUGAGGGGGAGCAAAUCUUUUUUUCUUGUUGUUGGUCGAGCAAUAAGUCUUGUGCAAAGGGGGAGGCAUUGCAAACCUCUCUCCGUCCUUUUUGUUUCCAACCCCCCCCCCCCCUUUCCGAUCACCUCCUGCUGUAAAUAAUCACUUGUCUUCGUGCAGGAUCCACCAGUUGCAAAGAAGUUGUGGGUGGGUGGGUGGGGGGGUGUGUGUGUGUUGCAGAGAAGAGAAGGCGGAGGAGAUCAACACCAACACCCACUCGGCUGAAGAAGAAGAAGUAGAAGCAGAAGAAAAAAAAAACUAACCGAGUUUUUUUUCAAAACAAAAAAGCAUCGCCGCCAACAACAGGGGAAAAAAAAAGUACGAGGGGGAGAGACGUCACACGCAGUCCACUCGGAGAGGUUGAAGUUGCCGCAUUGCAUCGGGCAGGAGGAGGGAGAGUGUGUGUGUGUGAGAGAGAGAGAGACACCACACACACACAGAGGGACUGGAGAGAUUGAUGGUUGGAGCACCGGUCAGUGGCGGCCAGGCAGCGGCUUCUUCCCGGCGAGCGAGGGACUGGACAUGUCCAGGCGCAAACAAUCCAAGCCUCGGGCUGUCAAAGUCUUUUCAGUGUGCAGCCAACAGUCUUCUCAGGGGUGACUUCAUGCUUUAGCUAAAUCUGAGCUGAACCAUGCUGCAAGCAGGAGAUCUGUGCACGUGGGUCUUAUCUGAAGACACUUGCAGGAUUCUUGAUACUAUUUUAGUUGAAGAAAGUGAAUCUUCAGAAUUUGACUUAAAUUGGGACGCGACAACUGUGCAAACAGUAGGAACCUCAGGAGGAGAGCAGGAGUAUGAUACUAAGGACAGACAACUGUUGGAAGACAGACACAGCAUGACCAGUCAGGAAGAGAGAAACGAAGAUGAUGAAGACAUGGAAGAUGAAUCAAUUUACACCUGUGAUAAUUGUCAGCAGGACUUUGAUUCACUGGCUGACUUGACUGAACAUAGGGCUCAUCGCUGUCCUGGAGAUGGCGAUGAUGACCCCCAGGUUUCCUGGAUAGCUUCAUCUCCCUCCAGCAAGGAUGUGGCUUCGCCGUCUCAGAUGUUGGGCGAGGGCUGUGAUCUGGGCCUGGUAGAUGAAGAAGGAGGUACCGGCCUGCCGUACCCCUGCCAAUUCUGCGACAAGUCCUUCAGCCGACUGAGUUACCUCAAGCGGCACGAGCAGAUCCACAGCGACAAGCUCCCCUUCAAGUGCACCUUCUGCAGCCGCCUGUUCAAGCACAAGCGCAGCCGGGACCGCCACAUCAAACUCCACACCGGGGACAAGAAGUACCACUGCCACGAGUGCGAGGCUGCCUUCUCCCGCAGCGACCACCUCAAGAUCCACCUGAAGACCCACAGCUCCAGCAAGCCCUUCAAGUGCACCGUGUGCAAGCGUGGCUUCUCCUCCACCAGCUCCCUGCAGAGCCACAUGCAGGCCCACAAGAAAAACAAGGAGCACGAGGCCAAGCUGGAGAAGGACCUGAAGAAGGAGGAUGUCGUCUGCGACUAUUGCGACGAGACGUUCAACCAGGCGGAAGACUUGGACAAGCACAUGGCCUCCAACCACCCGCAGAUUUGUGAGAAAGCCGAGCUGCAGUGCAUCCACUGCCCCGAGGUGUUUGCUGAAGAGACGGCGUUGAUCAAUCACAUUGACCUCGCCCACAGGAAUAAGAAGCACAAGUGCCCAAUGUGCCCGGAACAGUUCCCCACCGUGGAGGACGUCUAUUGUCACUUGGAUAGCCAUCGACAACCGGAUUCCAGCAACCACAGCAUCAGCCCCGACCCUGCGACGGGCAGUGCGGCCUCCAUGAGCAGCACCACCCCGGACUCUAGCGCUUCGGUAGAACGCGGCUCCACGCCCGAUUCAACCCUCAAACCGUCCAGAAACCAGAGGAAGCCUUCGGGAUCGUUGGAGAGAGACAGCAGGCAGAACUCCUGGUCACCAAAAGUCACCUACAGCUGCCCGUAUUGCUCCAAGCGCGAUUUCAGUAGUUUGGCUGUCUUAGAAAUUCAUUUAAAAACCAUUCACUCGACUAAACCUCAGCAAAGCCACACGUGCCAGUUCUGCCUUGAUUCUCUACCAACUUUGUACAAUUUAAACGAGCACGUCCGCAAGGUGCACAAAAAUAAUGUUUUCCCAGUGAUGCAGUUCACCAGUGCGUCCACGUUUCACUGCAACUACUGCCCGGAGAUGUUCGCCGAACUGAACAGCUUGCAGGAACACAUACGAGUGUCUCACUGUGUCCCCAACGCCAUCCCCCAAGAUGGGAACCACACUUUCUUCUGCUCCCACUGCUCGCUGGGCUUCCUGACCGAGUCUUCGCUGACUGAACACAUCCAGCAAUCCCACUGCAACGUGGGCAACACCAAGCUGGAGUCGCCUGUCCUGCAGGCCAGCCAGUCUUUCAUGGAGGUGUACUCCUGCCCUUACUGCACAAACUCGCCCAUCUUUGGCACCAUCCUCAAGCUCACCAAGCACAUCAAGGAAAACCACAAGAACAUCCCGCUGGCAAACAGUGGGCGGAAAUCCAAGUCGGAGCAGAGCCCGGUUUCUUCAGACGCCGAGGUGUCUUCCCCAAAGAGGCAGAGAUUGUCGGCCAGUGCCCCUUCGCUCUCCAACGGCGAGUACCCGUGCAACCAGUGUGAUCUCAAGUUCACCUCGUUCGAGAGCUUCCAAAGCCAUCUGAAGUCCCACUUGGAGAUUCUUCUCCGGAAGCAGUCGUGCCCACAGUGCAAGGAGGACUUUGACUCGCAGGACAGCCUUCUGCAGCAUCUGACGGUGCAUUACAUGACCACCUCGACUCACUACGUGUGCGAGAGCUGCGACAAGCAGUUCUCCUCGGUGGACGACCUGCAGAAGCACCUGCUGGACAUGCACACCUUUGUGCUCUAUCACUGUACCCUGUGCCAGGAGGUGUUCGACUCCAAGGUGUCCAUCCAGGUGCACCUGGCCGUCAAGCACAGCAACGAGAAGAAGAUGUACCGCUGCACGGCCUGCAACUGGGACUUCCGCAAGGAGGCCGACCUGCAGCUGCACGUCAAGCACAGCCACCUGGGCAGCCCGGCCAAGGGGCGCAAGUGCAUCUUCUGUGGCGACACGUUCAGCACCGAGGUGGAGCUGCAGUGCCACAUCACCACACACAGCAAGAAGUACAACUGCAAGUUCUGCAGCAAGGCCUUCCACGCCAUCAUCCUGCUGGAGAAACACCUGCGGGAGAAGCACUGCGUGUUUGACAGCAGCGGCGCGCAGAACGGCACGGCCAACGGCAUUGUCCCCUCCUGCCCCAAGAGGGUGGAGGCCGACCUGCAGAACAUCCUGAUGAAGACUCAGGAGGCGCUGAACAGCCACGAAGCCAGCGAGGACGACAUCGACGCCUCGGAGCCCAUGUACGGCUGCGAUAUCUGCGGCGCGGCCUACACCAUGGAGGUGCUGCUGCAGAACCACCGGCUGAGGGACCACAACAUCCGGCCGGGCGACGACGACUGCUCGCGGAAGAAGGCUGAGUUCAUCACGGGCAACCACAAGUGCAACGUGUGCGCCAGGACUUUCUUCUCGGAGAGCGGCCUGCGCGAGCACAUGCAGACGCACCGCGGGCCGGCCAAGCACUACAUGUGCCCCAUCUGUGGCGAGCGCUUCCCCUCGCUGCUCACCCUGACCGAGCACAAGGUGACGCACAGCAAGAGCCUGGACACGGGCACCUGCCGCAUCUGCAAGAUGCCGCUGCAGAGCGAGGAGGAGUUCAUCGAGCACUGCCAGAUGCACCCGGACCUGAGGAACUCGCUGACCGGGUUCCGCUGCGUGGUCUGCAUGCAGACCGUCACCUCGACGCUUGAGCUGAAGAUCCACGGCACCUUCCACAUGCAGAAGGUGUCGUCGGCCAACUCAGCCUCGUCGUCUCCCAGCAACCAGCCUCCCCCUCACCACCACCGGGCAUACAAGUGCGCGCUCUGCCUGAAGGAGUUCAGGAGCAAACAGGACUUGGUCAAGCUCGACAUCAACGGCUUGCCUUACGGCUUGUGCGCGGCCUGCAUGAACCGCAGCACCAACGGGCAGCCCGCCAACGCCGCGGUGGUGGUGCAGCCGCAGCAGGAGGUCGCCGAGAGAGCCAGCGCCGGCCUUCGCUGCCCCGACUGCGCGGUUAAGUUCGAAACCAUGGAGGACCUUGAGAGCCACAUCCAGAUAGACCACAGAGAAAUGACACCAGAGACCAGUAGCCAGAAAAAGUCAUCUCAAGCAUCACCUGCUCCCAGGAAGAAGACCUACCAGUGCAUAAAGUGCCAGAUGACUUUUGAGACCGAACGGGAAAUACAGAUCCAUGUUGCAAAUCACAUGAUUGAGGAAGGAAUCAAUCAUGAAUGCAAACUGUGUAAUCAGAUGUUUGACUCGCCGGCAAAGCUCCUAUGUCACCUGAUCGAACACAGUUUCGAAGGAAUGGGAGGUACUUUCAAAUGCCCAGUAUGUUUCACAGUCUUCGUGCAGGCGAACAAAUUGCAGCAGCACAUCUUUGCAGUCCACGGGCAAGAGGAUAAGAUCUACGACUGUUCGCAGUGUCCGCAGAAAUUCUUCUUUCAGACCGAACUUCAGAACCACAUGAUGAGUCAGCACACACAGUGAGGUGUCGGUGCAUCGAGACAACCUCGCUGCCGAAGACCCAACAGAGUCUCAGUGGGAGAGAACUUUUGAACAUUACAUCCAAUCAAAGUGUCAUUUGAAACCCAGAUGUAAAACUAAUGAUUUGGCCACGAGGCACUGCUAUUAUAAGCAGUUUGAAAUGAAUAUUAAUGUUACAGAUUAAAAGUAUUCUAUGCUCAGUAUUUUUCUGUCCAGCUUUUCAAUUAGUGAACACAGCUUUUUGCUUCUAAUCAGAGUUAUAGUGCGUUAGAAACAUCCGUUUUGUUGCUGUUCUUCGUUGCUUAAUGUAGUAAACUAAUAGGUGUCAAAGAUAAAUAGAUGUCUUUUGUUAAUACUUGCAUUUAAAUGCAGAUUUAGCCAGUUGUGGUGAGUGUGAGGUGUUAGCUUGCCAUCCAUCGUCAGAACAUUUUUAUUUUCUCUUUUUUUGUCAAAGGAAGAAUGUUUUAAUUUGGAUUGACCAGUUCACAGUACAACGAGAAACUAUGUAAAGAAAAUCAAUGAUUACAGUGAAUCUGGGUGGUGUUUGCUUCAACCAUGUAAUUUACCCGAUUGCAAUAACUAGGAGAGUUUAAUAAAGGGAAAACACGCACUUAA